AUGCCCUUUUUCAUCGACACUGAGGAGUAUCCCAGACAUUCGGCUAAGAGACGGAAACUCUCGACACUGCCAGGCAUGGCUCGAUACUCCGUGCAUACAUUCCACGAGACCGGGGAGUCCCGGGGUGGGAAAGAAGAGGACGUGGAGAUAUGCGAAGAGAGCAGGACAGAACACUGUUCGGAUGAAGGGGCGGUCCCCCUCAGAACGAGUGACCGGGAAGAAUUGAUCCAAUGUAUCAAACGAGGUCAACGACCAACAUGGGUUCCCAAACCUGGGUUUGAAGCACUACGUGCGGCAGAAGAUGCUCAACAUGUCAGCCCUGCCGUUACAGACCCCCGCCCUGGUGCUUCGGCUCAAAGUGCCCCAGUGGAGGGCAAUCAAACUCAGCGAAGGUCUCCUACCACAGACGAGACGAAUGGAAUGCCUGCCACGGCUUCUCGACAUCAUUCUCCGUCUGCCUUCCAUACUGGUGACUUUAAUCAUUGUACCAGCCUUGCAUCUUCGAAGUGGAAUAGCAGUGUCCCGACUUCAGCGCGGCGUUCAUUUGGGGCUGCCUACAGUGUCUCUCCCCCACCAUGGCAGUCCGAUCACCAGAUCCUGGUGUCCCCUCUGGCAGCCACAAGCCCGCCUCUUGACACCUGGAAACGGAACAGAGCACCCUCCAUUGGGAGCAGUUUAUCAUCUAGCUUUGUCAUGAGAGUUCCUACGAGCCCUCUUGUGCAUGCCAUCAACAACACUUCUCUGGAUACGUCGGCCAGAGAUGUCCGGUCGGAUGACGAUAACACGAUCAGCUCCGGAAGGAGGAGAACCAUGCCCCCGAGCGCUUUUGCCUCCUUGCAGUUUUCACCACCCGAUGACCAUCAUCGGAAGCACAAUUGGUCUUCGCCAUGUGCUUCGGAUCACCCGGCUACGCUCCCGCAAGGUCACAGGACCCGCCGCUCACUGAGUUCUUUUACGUACCAGCCGGUGGCCAGUCCAAACUAUUCGGCAAAACUUCGUCGGCCGUCCCUGGCUUCCGAUGUUUCACCGCGUCAGCGAGCCUCUAUGGUAGGUUCCUUCGAAGAGUCUAUCCUUCGUGGCAGAAUGUCGACGCCACCUUCCAAACCCUUUGACUUUGUUGCGCAAAUCGGCGUUGUUGGAAAAGGCAACUGCCCAUCAAGUCUCAAAUGUCCAGCCCACGUCACGGUGCCGUUUCCCGCGGUAUUCUAUAGUUAUCCGUCUGCCACCACAUCUCGGUCCAUAUCGGACGAUAAUCCCAGUCCCUAUGUAGGCGUUAUCGACCUCCAACGCAAUUUACCACCUUUGGAGCACGGUUCUCGCCGUAUCCGACGAUCGGACAGCAGCCUUGAUCCGGAAGCACUUGCGGCUGAAAUCACCAGUCCGGAAAAUACACCAAUUGGCAGAGCUUUGGCAAGAGAAGCAGAGCAGAAGAAGCCAAAGGAAAAGAAACCAGCUUCUCACAAGUCACCGCCUGGAGGAGCCUAUCGGGUACCGCAAAAAGGACAGCUUCAGAUUAUCAUAAAGAACCCCAACAAAACCGCCGUCAAGCUCUUCCUCGUCCCUUAUGACCUUGAGGGAAUGCCUAUUGGGACAAAGACCUUUGUGCGCCAACGGAGCUUUUCGUCCGGACCUAUUCUAGAAGCCACAGUGUCUGAGCAGCAAGCCAAUUUAGCUGCUCGGGACCCUCUGAGCCAGAAGGACAUACUCCGGUACCUGAUCCACAUCAAGUUCUGUUGUACUUCGAAAGGGCGAUUCUACCUUUACGACAAUAUUCGUGUUGUCUUUGCCAACCGAGUCCCGGACGGCAAAGAGAAGCUGAGGAACGAAGUGCAGUUGCCAGAGCCUCGAUUCAGUCCAUAUAAGCCGCCGGUAGAAAGCGGGUCACGGAGCCCAAGUCUAGCGAAGGGCGAUUGUCCGCAGGCUGGGACAUCUCCAUCACCACAGUUUGGCGAGUUUGAUGGCAGUUAUGGACUUGGCAUUGGGCACCUGCAGGCCAGCAGAGCACAGCACCCCAAGUCUAUUCCAUUUCACAUUCUCCCUAGGACUAUCGAGCCUUGUUUGAAUAAGUCACAAGACGAAGCGCAGGCAGAGCAAACCGCUUCCAGUGAGGCCAAGCGGCACGCGUCCCCCAUCCCUGGCUUCAGGCCAUCCACAAGUUCGCGAAAUUCCCCUGUUCCAUGGCCGUCUUCAAGCGGGUCAACCAUGGUGCGAAGUUUCUCCCCGGCUGCAGUGGAGGCAGGCGAUGGCUUGAUAUCUCGACAACUAAGGGAGCUCAACGGUGGCAAUAGUGAUCAGAUCACCUAG